AUGCCGAAGCCUGCGCGCGCUGAGAUCAGCGCGCCCAGGCUUCGCGGACCUCUCCGCGAGCAGCGGCAGCGCUGCCGCUGCUCGCGGAGAGUUGCCGGCAUGCCGAAGCCUGCGCGCGCUGAGAUCAGCGCGCCCAGGCUCCGCGGACCUCUCCGCGAGCAGCGGCAGCGCUGCCGCUGCUCGCGGAGAGUUGCCGGCAUGCCGAAGCCUGCGCGCGCUGAGAUCAGCGCGCCCAGGCUUCGCGGACCUCUCCGCGAGCAGCGGCAGCGCUGCCGCUGCUCGCGGAGAGUUGCCGGCAUGCCGAGCCUGCGCGCGCUGAGAUCAGCGCGCCCAGGCUCGCGGACCUCUCCGCGAGCAGCGGCAGCGCUGCCGCUGCUCGCGGAGAGUUGCCGGCAUGCCGAAGCCUGCGCGCGCUGA